CUUCCUCCGAUUCCUUGCCAAGAAACACAAGGGAAACCCAGCCGGAGAAAAGAAACAGAUGGAGGACUACCAUUUCCACUGCUUCCAAGCUUCUUGGGUGACCGAUCCUUUCUUGACGGCGGGGCACUCAGUCCACGGCGCCUCCCACAUGCUGAGCGCGCCGUCGUCACAGUGGCCACGCCACGCGCCCCACGACAACGAUGCCACCGCCGGCGAGCGCGGCCACCACUUCCUCGACGCCUGCGGCCGGUGCGGCCGGCUGAUUGGCAGGAAUAAGGACAUCUUCAUGUACAGGGGCGACACCCCGUUCUGCAGCGAGGAGUGCCGGCAGCAGGAGAUGGACGCCGACGAGGCCAUGGAGAGGAGGAGGUCGUCCAAGCAGCAGCCUGCCGCCGCCGCCGCCGCCGCCGCCGCCAAGAGGGGGUGGGAGCAGCACCGUCAGAGCAGCGACACGCAGACGAUCCAGGUGUGGGCGCUGUCGAUCGUGUCUUGAGCGCUGUUACGACACAGGAACACGCACGACAACAAGCACGUAGAGACUAGAGAUGGGUGUGGCCGGGUUUUUUCUUUGGAAUUUUCCGCAUUACUGCAGGUGUUUAUUCCGUUUCUCGGCGCAACCAGUGCAAAGCGCGUGGAACUGGUUAUGUGUGUAUGUGUCUGCUGCAUUCCGAUGUACACUUGUAUAGCCGCUUCAUCUACUGCAAUCCAACAUUUCUUAUUUCUGUUUUUUUUU